CUUAGUACGGACCUACCGAGCUCGUGCGAUGACGCCUCGGCGUCAACGGUUCAAAUAAACCUCCGUUUUCCCCCACUCGCUCAACGUUUGCUCCAUCAGAACAUGUUUUUUUCUUUCUUAUUGGAAGAUAUUAUGGCUUAUUUGACAUAUUUCUUUCUUUGCUAUCGACCGUCUCUUCGCUCCGCCUGAUGCACUUAGUUCUUCUGGCUCCCUCCAGUAACCCAUGUCUGUGUGUGCAUCCCGCCUCCCUGCGCUUUCGAUAGAUGGUGCAAGUCAAAAUGUCCAAAUCGCCUGUGGACCCGCUGUCUGCCGUGGAAACCGGCUCGCAGUCGCAGUAUUUUCAGCUGCCCAGGAAACUGCCUAAGCGCAAGAGCCGCUUCAAACGCUCCGAUGGCAGCACUUCUUCUGACACCACCUCCAGCUUCAUCAAACGGCAGGGGUCGGCUGAUUCGUAUACCAGUAGACCGUCGGAUUCAGACCUGUCAGCCGAGGAGGACCGCGAGGCGUAUCGGCGCGAAGCCGAACGCCAGGCACAACAACAGCUCGACAGAGCUAAGUCCAAACCUGUAGCAUUUGCGGUCAAGACAAAUGUGAGUUACUGUGGAGCGCUGGAUGAGGACUGUCCCGUCCAAGGAGCUGCAGUCAACUUUGAUGCCAAAGACUUCCUGCACAUCAAAGAAAAGUACAACAAUGACUGGUGGAUUGGUCGGUUAGUGAAAGAAGGAGCAGACAUCGCCUUCAUCCCCAGCCCUCUGCGACUGGAAGCCAUGAGACUCAAACAGGAGCAGAAACAAAGGAAGACUGGAGGAAACUCCUCCAGUUUAGGCGACAUGGUGACAGGGAGCUGGAGGACCACACCGCCAUCUGCAGGUGAAUCCAAACAGAAGCAAAAACAGGAGCAUGUCCCUCCUUAUGACGUGGUGCCCUCCAUGAGGCCGGUGGUCCUCGUGGGGCCUUCUCUGAAGGGAUACGAGGUCACCGAUAUGAUGCAGAAAGCUCUUUUUGAUUUUCUGAAACACAGAUUUGAAGGAAGAAUUUCAAUCACCCACGUAACUGCCGACCUCUCCUUAGCAAAGAGGUCUGUCCUCAAUAAAAGACCCAUAAUGGAGCGAUCCAACACCCGCUCUAGCCUAGCUGAAGUCCAGAGUGAGAUUGAGAGGAUAUUUGAGCUCGCCAAAACUUUGCAGUUGGUGGUUCUGGAUGCCGACACCAUCAACCACCCAGCACAGCUCGCCAAAACCUCCCUUGCUCCUAUCAUUGUUUACGUUAAGGUUUCCUCGCCAAAGGUGCUGCAGAGGCUGAUCAAGUCCCGGGGCAAGUCUCAGAGCAAACACCUGAAUGUGCAGAUGAUGGCUUCUGACAAACUCACUCAGUGUCCUCCUGACAUGUUUGAUGUCAUUUUGGAUGAGAACCAGCUGGAAGAUGCCUGUGAGCACUUGGCCGAAUACCUGGAAGUCUACUGGCGAGCCACUCACCUCCCUGGCAACACCCCUCUGAACCCUUUACUGGAGCAGAGUCUGAUAACCCCGCCCACUGCCAUGUCCAGCCUCCAGAACAAGAACCAGACACCCCCACAUGAGACGGAGGGCUUGGAGGCCGACGAGGAGGAGGCAGGCGAAGAGGUCCAUUCCCCUUUGGAGCAGGACAGCCUUAUGCCAUCAGACGAGGCCAGCGACUCUGUGUCCCGCGGCUUCAGGGGGAGCCCCUGUCACAGGGUGGCUGUGGAGGAUGAAGAGGAGGAGGAGGAAGAAGACGAGGAAGACGACGAGUACACCUCCCCCCGCCACGUUCGCACAUACAGGGACAUGUACCCGUCUCAGCGCGGGCACACGGGCGGCCCCCACAACGCCAACGGGCACGAGUCCCAGGACAGGCUGCUGCAGCGCGACGCUCAGCAGGGUCACAACCAGAGGAACAACCGCCAGCGGAGCCGCCCGUGGCCCCGAGACACCUACUGAAGCACGGGCCCCACCAGCCUCCAUCAAGGUCCCCCAAGCCCUUCGACUGCCACACAUUCCCUAAAUAAUUAUUUAAAGCAAAGUCCUUGUCUAGAAGAUCCACAGACAGGUUUAUGAUCCAACAUCUCAGUUAAUAACUCUCAAGCUUGUCCUGAGUGGGCUCUAGUCAUGUAGAAGCAGGGCCCCUCCCACCUGGAACAGGAAGGUUUCAGGCUGCCAGCUGUACACAAACUCAAACUUUAGCGUCUUUGCUUAAGGUUUGUCAACGGUAGGAUGUCUCUUAUACUGGCCUUAAAACUUCUAUCUUUACUAUUGCAUGGAUAAUUAUUUGAAGACUUUUUUUGCACAUUGCGUCUGAACAGGAAGCGAAUGAUCUUUAUGGACUCAGUAAAGAAAGAAUGUCCCGUGUUGACUUCAUUUAUGGCUACUAAGUAAUGAUUCCAGUGUAAAUACUUAAUGGGCACUUUUGUUCAAUUGCUUCUUCAUUUGUUUGAAUCUGUGGAUGCUGACUUGUUUGUUGCCCGCCAUGUUUUGGCUGAAUGAUCAAGCACAUGCAGCCUCCGUAACAGCCGCCGUGCGAGUCCCUGCCGUGUGGGGGCUGCAGAAGAGCGUCACCCACGGUGCAUCACUCGCCUUUGCUGUUGCACAAUCAGUCUCUAAAAGCUGGGCGUCCAAAACGUUUGUUUACAUCCUGCCAUUUCACCCACGUCAAGCACACGCUGCAACGCCGCAGCUCCUCUUGGAAUCAAGAAUGUAAGCACGCAUGCCUUUUGCACCUCCCUCGCCACCUGCGUCUCCCACGCUCACACUCGAUCUGAUUGUAGCACGUUACUGAUUGUAGCAUCCACAUUCCCCCAAAGCUGGUCACACCCUCUCUGUGUGCGACAUCGCAUCACACUGGUUUGACAGAUGGGUUGUAAAAAAGAUGGCCUCUCAUGUGUAAGUCAACUCCACGUCAGGCUCCUGAAGGGACUCGUAGCACCUGUGACAUGACGUCAUUCUGUUCCUGCAUUAUUUCUAGUCCUUGAACCGAUGACGAGUUUGACGUGAGGCUGCAGAGUGGCUGAACCGUCGCCGUCCGUUCACAGGGUCAGUGUUUUACUGGGUUACUGCUUCCAUGUCUCACGGGUAUUUACCUAGUGUUCUGUAUAUUUUUAAUAGAAAAAAAUUAGCAUGGUUAAAGAAAAAUCUAUGCAAGUGUUGCAUGAAAUUCUUACGUUCGUUCCUUUUUUGGGGGGGUUUCUUUUUUUCCACUGUUAAGUACUUUAAUAAUGCAUUGAUCCGACUCUCCUUGUUGUCUUGUAGGGAUAUUCUUGUCUUUGGAGCUACUCACUCCUCACACCACUUAUUACAAAAAAAAUAAUAACUUUGUUCUCUUUUACCACUUAAGACGACAAUAUUUCUCACUGAAGCACUUUCAUAAGAACUCAUAAUAACCAGUCCCAAAUUAAAAAUAAGUUGAACUUUAUUCCCUCAAAUUAAAUAAACCUGAAUUAAAUGAUUUCUGAACAUGUCUCAGUUUCCUAGUUAGAUAUUUUCCUUCUAUUUUGGCAAAGAACGUUCUUCUGAACAGACCAAUUUUCCAGCUCGUAAGCAGUUGAAGCUUUUUCCAAUUUAUGAAGCACAAUUUUUACAAAGGUUAUUGUUUAAUCUCCUGUCUCAUUCUGUAUGCAAUAUGAAGUCUAACAUUGAAAAUCUAUAAUCGCCUUAGACCAUCUGGACUUCCUCUUUUGUGUGAGUAGAAAAUAAAGUUGCACUACUUAAUUUUGGGAUGGUUGCAUUGUAAUGCAAUAAGUGCACUAAAUAUAAUCAUAUAUCCACCACACUACUGCAGCGUGCUAGCGUGACCAGACACGCCUCUUCCCUCUAUUUAUCAAAAGAGACAGAAAAUGUGUAAAAACUGAGACAUUUCCUGCCUGAUGCUGUAAAGAAUGCUUUGUAUUUGAAAAUAGUUUACAAUGACAAGUGAAUUAUGACUUAAACAAAAUAAACAUGACAUUUUAUGUA